GGCUCUGCUCUGACUGUGCAUUAGCUGACAACUUCCUGUUAUCAUUCCAUCCAUGCACCUCCUACAGCAACUUGAGGAAACAUGGCAGAGUUGAAUCGACAACUACAAGAGUACUUGGCGCAGUCAAAAGGUGCAAAAACGAUAUCUCAGUCCAGUUCUAGCACAACAAUAGACAUAGAUGAAUCGGCGUCAGUUCCCGGGAGUUGGUUUGGGAAGUGGUCAAGUCCAUUUUCCAAUUCUAGUAGCCGCGGAUCUACAGGCCAAGGGACAAGCAGCGGAUUUUCCUGGCCAUGGUCCUCCGAACCAGACCCUUGUUUGCCGGGUAUGAGCCGUUCGCAGAGGCUCAUUGCUUUUGGGACCUGUAUUUUCUUCUCGGCUUUGUGCUUUGGACUCUCAGCCUUGUAUGCGCCUUUACUCUUGCUGAAAGCACGGAAGUUUGCGCUUCUUUGGUCUCUAGGCUCCCUUUUUGCUCUCCUCGGAGCAGCAAUACUGCGAGGACCAAGCAAGCUCAUUGCAACACCGACGCCAGGAGCAGUUGUUUACCUCUGCUCUCUAGGAGGUACUCUCUACGCGGCGCUCAGCCUCCAUAGCACAAUACUCACAGCACUGGGAGCAGCCUUUCAGAUAGCCGCAAUCGUGGGUUAUGUGGUUGCCUUGUUGCCUGGUGGGACUGCAGGCAUGCGGUUUGUUGGUGGAAUGGCAGCGUCAGCCAUCAAAAGAACUGUAACCGGCAAAACCAUGCCAAUCUGACCUAUUUUUAAUAUGAGGUUGUGGACUAAUUUGGAGGAUGCGUACCGUGCGCUCUGAUCUAAGCUAUUUUAGAUGGCACUUUGGGACUCUUUUCAAAGCCCUAUAUCGCAGGGAAACAACGCCGAUGUCUAGACCUAAAUAACCUAUUUUCUCAUAGCAACUUGUAAUACCCUUGCGCUACUGUACUGACUCUGGGGCAAUUUCCACUUAUUAAAGGGACCAUGUUUUGAAAAAAGUGUGACCAGCAUGUUAGACCUACGGACUUCAAUCCUGUGCAAGAACUGUAGAAACUGUGAUGUCUCCUUUUAAGUGACAUUCCAUAAACUAUUAAAACUGCAUUUCCUGAAGGGAAGGAAACUUUCGUUUGAACCAUUAGGCCUACCUACAUGUAGCCUUACUAUUGACAUAAGGCCGCCAAUGUGAAAACGAGUUGAAUCUCAGUGUGGUGACCUUUUGAGAGCAUGUUGAUAUAAUAAAGACUGCAAUGAUCAGUUUCUGAAAAAUGCCUCCGCAAUCACUCGAAGUGAAAUGCUGUAAUCUAGAUUCAUGAGUUAUUUACUGUUUGUAUUAGGCUUAAUUGUCUGACUGCCUAAGCUUCCUGGUGUUUUUCUUUGAAUUGUUGUAGCUGACCUGGUUUAAAUAAUAGAAUCUUUCAGCACCAUCUCAGUAAUAUAAGCUGCAGUUUAGGGUUGCUGAAUACUGGAGUGAGAAAAUAAAGUUAGUUUCAGAAUGCUGGUCUUACUUGUGCAUACAUUCUGUUGCCCACUCAAGGGGAAAAUAGACCACUAGAUAUAUGCUUGAAAUAAUUAUGUUGUACUUCAUGGUGGAGUAGGAAGCCAAAGAAAAUUGAGUGACAUGACUCAUUUCAGUAAAAAAUGAAGACUUCCCCAAA